UCGUCGGUUUAGUCUCCAUAAUCAAAACAAACUUUUGUGCGAAGAACAAAUUUCCCUGUGUUAAAAACAUGUGUUUAUUUGAACAGAUCAAGAACUUGCACGACAAUGGGUUGCACUCGAACCUCAUUGCUUUGGGAAGUUUGGUUCUCUCAGUGGCAGAGAACCAGAUGGGAAAUGUGUUGGAACCAGCAGCUCGUUACCAAACCUGGGUGUACAUGGCGCAGUCCCUCCAAAGCCAGGGCGAACACAGACGUGCAGAGGCAACUUUCAAGGAAGCUCUUCAGUAUGCCAAGGCUGCAGCCAAGACUAAAGCUGCAAAGACUUCAGACAUGUUCAAAGAAGGCGUCACAGAAAUAGAUGUGAAAUAUGCAAUGGCUGAAUGCAACAUAGCUGUGCGGCAGUUUACACAAGCAGUCACGUUGCUGGAGUCUAUACCCCAGAGGCAUAGAACCCCGAAGGUCAACAUGAGUUUGGGUAGAUUAUAUCAGCAAGUUGGCAUGGAAAGGCCUGCAAUUACUGCAUAUAAGGAAGUUCUUAGGGAAUGCCCUUUGGCACUAGAAGCAGUCCAAGAACUACUGAGUUUAGGGGUGCGAGGGGCAGAGGUGGCAUCUAUGAUGAUAAAUGCCCACGGAAGUUCGACAGGAAUGGAAUGGUUAUCAAUAUGGGUGAAAGGUCAUGCUUAUUUACACAGUCGAGAUUACACGGGAGCAAUCAACUCUUUCAAGCAACUUGAGAAUACCGUACUGACGAGGAAUGUUGACAUUUUAGCCACCCUUGGGGAAACAUACUACCUUGCAGGCGACUCGAAAAAUGCAUUGUCUAUGCUACAGAGGGCACAUGCCGUUGACCCUUUGAAUUUACGUGGAUCGGAUUUGCUGGCUUGUCUGCUUGCGGGAGACAAGAGGAACCGAGAGCUGGAAGAACUUGCCAUGACUACUACCUCUGUAACUGAUACGGCUCCCCAACCUUGGAUCACCAUGGGCUAUUACUGUCAGCUUAGUAAACGAGCAACGAAGGCCAUUUAUUUCGCUCACAAGGCAUGCUCCAUUAACCCACGCAGUGUCGAAGGUCUUCUGUUGAAAGGGACUUUACUCUUAGAACUUAAAAAGCUGCAGGAAGCUGUCAUGCACUUCAGAGAGGCCAUGCAGAUAGCUCCUCAUCGCUUUGAGCCUCACAAAGGCCUCGUUGAUUGCUAUUUAGCAAUGCACCGGUCAAGAGAAGCUGUAACCAUUGCCACUAAUGCUUGUAAAUUAUUAGGUCAGACCCCAAGAGCUCUCACACUGUAUGCUUCUGUUCUCCUCAAAGAUACCAUGACAGUCAGCAAAGGAAAGAGUCUGCUUGAGAAGGCUCUCAAAGAAGAUCCAUAUCAUUUGCCUGCUGUGUAUCUCUUGUGUGAAGUGUAUGAACAGGAACUACGUUAUGAUGCAGCAAUUGAACUGUUAAGGAAGCAAGUGGCUGUGCAAAGUACUUGCCGUCUCCAUCAAAUGUUAGCGGACUUCUUUUCACACGUCCACGACGAAGAAAAAGCUGCUCACCAUUUUGGUAUAGCUUUGAAUCAUGAGCCUGGAAACACCAGAGCCCUAGAGGGCAUGCAGAAGAUGGAGGCAGCUCCUGAUGCGGCUGUUGAGGCUCCUGCCUACGACAUGGAGGUCGAAGAUAUUGCAGACUCUGAGGGCGAAGUCGAGGAGAGCGACCUGGAAGCAGUUUGGUCUGAUGUGGAUUUCUCCUUAAGUGGUCAGUAGCAUAACGCCAUCCAGAUUAUCCGGGUGACCAACAGCCAAAACAUUCAACAUGACAACAGAAGCUAAAUUGGACUGUGCAUUUGGUCCAAGGUUGUCAUAUGUUGCUGCUAAAGCAUUUUAGAGAAAUUGAUGCUGCAGCAUUUGCUUGCCUAACCAUUCCUUUGAAGGAUUCUUUUCUGGGUAAUAGCCAGGAAAGGUUUUACAUGAAGUGAUUAUUAGUUAACUACUAAAGUAAUUAUUAGUUAACUACUAAAGUAAGUAGUACAGUAUUAAUUGAUAGCCCUUUAUUGUAAGGGUUAAAGUUCAUGGAAAAGAUGUAUUUCAUUGUACUCAAGUACAAGGUUUCUGUUAUUAGGCUUUUAUUUUUUAUGAAUCUUAGAAAAGAUCUUAAUCUUGGCAGUGGAUUCUGGAGAUGAAACUUGAAAUCCACUCCCAUAUAGUCGUUGGUUUUAAUCAAAGAGCACAGCUGCUAGUUUUUUAUGAAAACAUAGUAGCUCCUCUUCUAAAUAUUGUUUAGCCCUUUGGGUUUCUUUUUCAACAUUUGGUCAAUUUUGUCUGGUAAAUGGUGGGGGUUUUACAUGUGAACUUCAGUACCUAAAUUAUAUCCACGAGAAUGUAGGCCUUGCAUGACCAUAAUUUUCUUAGCGCUGUAAAGCUGUCCGAUCACAGUAUCUAAAGGACGAGGAACAUGAAAUUACAUGUAGCAGUUUACUAAAGACAACUUUAAGAAAGUGGCUUAAGAAGUGGAAAUUAUUUAUGUUAUUUUGUGCAUUUUCCGCUUGUGUACUAGAGCUAACAUGAACAUAUGAAAGGGUGUGUUAAGCCCUUAUUAUACAUUUUCUAAUCUACUUCUAGAAGUAAUGACUCCUUGCAGCAGUGUUGGCCCUUUAUUAUUCAUGCUGUAAGGAAUCAAAGUCUCUUGCUUACAUUUUUUGAAAUUUAUUAAACCAAUUAUGCAGUUUUUCAAUUUGUGUAGCCAAUAGUUGACUUCCAACUAGUCAUGAGUUUCCACAAAGUGUUUCACCACUUUAAGUAAAGACCUCGACCUGAUGAGAACUCGGGCAUAAUUCACCAAAACUAAAGGAUAGAUAGGAGACCUCAGUACACCUCUAGCUAGUAAAGGUAAAACCUUCACUACCAUUAUGUUCUAGGUGUUUGUUGUAGCUACCAAUGACAUGUGUCCCGGUGCCAUCUCAUAUGUAAAUGUCAUUUUUAUUUCCACAUGAUACUGGGUUUUUUUUUAUUUGUUUGCGUAGAUGAUGACUGAAGUAUUCACAUUUACGACAGGUAGACAUUUACUGGUUAAUCUUAUUUAAAAAGUGAGCACGUAAUAUUAGAGAUUUAUUAUUUGAAAAGGAAAUGCCAUUUACUAUAUACAGUAGUAAGAGUACCUGAAGUACAACAAGAACAGUGUAUUAUUCCCAGGACAAUUACUGUCAUGAAAAUAGAAUGGAAAAAAUAUCAGACAGUGACAAUAGUAAGAGCUAUUAGAUAGGCUUCAAUUGUGAUUGCGUUCAUUCUCCACCAAGACUAUUGCCUCUGAAGUUGUGUAUUGUUCAUAAUUUUUUCCAUUCUCAUUUCAAUACAAUUGCAACCAGCUUAAAAUUGCCUCUCAAAAGAGCUGCUGAAAGGUGUAAUUGCAAUUGCAUCCUUAGGCUACAAAGCAAUUUGUUUCUGGAGUUGCACAACAUUCUAUAGGGGGAUGACCCAAGAGAAAUGAAGCCCUGAAUCUGGCAGUGUGAAAACGUAAAGGGGAAUGAGGACUCAUCACUUUUAAUCAUGUGAAUGGAAAGCUUGACCUGAAGACAGGAAAGGUGGUGAUGAGUUUAAAGGUGACCUAGGUGUCUUUUAUUUUGUAGGAUAUUUUUUUCUUUUAGAAUAGCUCAUUAAUUGACCAAUUUCUUUUAUUCCUCUUGUUAUGAUGUGAUGACAAAAUAUAUUUGCCAUUAGCCUUAUUGUAUUUUGCAUGGAAGGAAUUUGUUACAUGAAGCCUGAUAUCAACUCAUAAUCUGUACUGAAUAUUUGAAAGUACUAUAUAAUAUCAGGGUAUUAUGAAUUACUCUAUGUACAUAUUGUAAAGUGAUGGUUGUUAGUCCAGUGUAAAAAUAUGGUAGAGCAGUCAAUAUUCAUCAUGAAAUGGACCUAAUGAUUGUUUUUUUAAAGUAAAUUCAGUGGACUUUGAUCUUGUAGGUCAAAGUAGUUAUAGUGAGCUACGAGAGUUAACAUUAGGGUCAAGAUGUCUUCUGUUAUUGUAAGAGAUGAGAACGUAUUUUUGUACUUGUUGUGUCAUAGAUGUAAUGUUGUACACAUCCUGUAGCUCUUUCAUGUCCCCAUUACCUACAGUUCAUCAAGGUUGCUGUGUGUGUACAGUAGUUAUGAUAGGAUAUAUGUAAUUGAUACAGGUACACAAUCCUUAAUCCAAAAUUCUAAAAACUGAAAAAAAUUUGUGCAGAGUAGAACAUCAGUUCAUAAGGUUGGUAGUUUGGCCUAAUAAUGGCUGACCUGAGUCAUUUAGGUGUGUGCUGCUACUCAGAUUAUUUUUCUUACUGAAUCCCAAGGACUGACCUUAGAAAAUCCCAAGAUUAACAAAAAAUCUCUAGAUAAUAAAAUAAUUUUACGUCUCCCAAGCCUUAGAGUUGUAAAUAAUCUCUCUUCUUUAACCAAUAGGUAUUAGUACAUAUGCACACUGUGUGUGUGUGUGUGUGUGUGCGCAUGUGUCCAUAAUGGUGUAAAAACUGUGCAGUACAGAUAAUACAACUUAGGGAGACAAAAAAAAAAUUUGUUGCCAAACACAUGGAAUAAAGACUGUGACCAGCAGGUAAACAGAACAAGGAGGGCCCUUGAAAGAGAAGGGGAUUAACAUUCAUAGAGAGAUUAGAGAUAAAUUUGUUUUACAGGUAUGUCAAUGCAGCAUUAAUAAAUGUCUUUUGAAAAAAAAAAAACUUUUGUUGUGGAAGAAUCUCUGAACCAACAAUUUUCUACUCAAAUUAAUGGGAAGGAAUUCAUUGUAUUCUUCAUGUAAUCAGUAUUUUAAAAUACAUACGCUGUUAAAAACUACGUAAUGUAUUCAAAACACACACACGUCAUUGUCAACUUCAUGUGAGCAAAACGUUCUUCUUCAGACAGAGUACAGCUAAAACCUAAUUGGCCGGCUGGUUGCCAUGGAGAUCUGCUAUCCAAUGACUGCCCUCUACUUCUGUUCUAUUUAUCGACGUAUGUCGUGAAGGUAUUAAAUUUUAAUGUUGCCAUGAUCAGGAUUAUUUGACUGUUGAUGGCAAAAAUCACUCGAUAAUAUGCCAUAUAUAAUGAUUUCUUUUUGAAAACAAGAAUUUAAGAUAAUGUUAACUUUGAUAUAUUGGUAUGAAAAAUCGCACAGUGUGUCAUAGUGUUCAAAUGUACAACUGUAAACUGAUGACGACUUAGUGACAAUAAAGAACAAACCUCUCCAAGAUCAAUAUGAUGAAAUGUAUUUUAUUAGUGUUACUUAUCGUUACAAUUCACAAACUAUUGUAAUUCAUUGUGAAAUUGAAUGAGAAGUAAGAGUAUAAGAUACAUUCAACUUGUGAAUUUUAACGAUAAGCCUGUAAAAUAUAAAAUACAUUUCAUCAUAUUGAUCUUGGAGAGGUUUGUUCUUUAUUUUCACUAUGCUGUCAUUAGUCUACAGUCGUACAUUUGAAUACUAUGACACACUGUGUGGGAUUUUUCAUGCCACUACAGGCAGUCCCUAGUUAUUGGCAGGGGUUCCAUUCUCAGCGGGAUCCUGAUAACCGAAAAACCCCAUUAACCAAAACGGCAAUUUAUGGCGCAUGUGGCACCAAGUUUCAGUUAAUAGCGCUGACAACCGGUUAAUGGUGCCUCUGUUAGUGCAUGUUAUGGCACCAUAAUUAUAUUAUUGACACCUUAUGGUGCCGAUAACCAAAAUUCAGCCAAUUAUAGCGCCACAAAUUGCUGAUUUUGUGGUGCUUAAACUACCGCCAUGAAACCGGAUCACCAUUAACCGAGACCACCGAUAACUGGGGACUGCUUAUGUAUAAUAAAGUUAAAAUUGUUCUUAAAAUUCUUGUUUUCAAAAAGAAAUAACUAUAUAAAGUAAAUUAUUGAGUAAUUUUUCCCAUCAGCAGUCAAAUAAACAUGAUCAUGGUAACAUAUAUUUUUGCAUUUUACUGAAUGUUUUUGUUGAAAAUAAUGUGUUGGUGAACAUAUGGUCUUAAUUGUCCCACUAUUUUAUUAUUGAUGAUGCUAGUUAUCUCAUAUUCAUGUAACAGUAGAGUAAUAUAAAUAGUAAAACAAUGAAAAAAACAAAAAAACUGCUUUUGCUGCACUAUUGACUUUUGAUUAUGCUCCCGACCCCACAGUUCUGAUAUCCGAAAAAUUCCAAAAACUGAAACACAUCUGGCCCCAAGGAUUUUGGAUCAAGGAUUGUGUACUUUAAAAGUAAAGUGUACAGAUGGUAGCAAAUGCUCAAAUCUUUGUUGCUGAUUUUAUAGGAAAAUUUAAUGCCCUUAUGCCCACAGCACAACUUACUAACACUACUUCAUCACGCAUUCUCAGAUUCAUAUUUAUUGUCACAUCUAGUCAAUAAUUAGUGGUUUUUCCAGCAAUUAUUACAGAAUAAGAAGUGGAAAUUCACUUGGUAAUGUGUCACUCUGUAGAAGUUAGACCUUUUUCACCUGUACAAUUUAUGAGGGAGAAUUUCAUUCCUAGUGUCAUUAUAGGUAAAAGUUAAUUAUAUAUUACAGUACCUUGUGAUGAGAAUUGAUUUGUUAAUAUUAAAUAUAACAUUAUUUAACAAACAUAAAUAAGAUUAUUUUCAAAUAUUUUAAUGAAUGUGAAAGAUUUGAAAGCAAGUGUUUCUUUACAGAAUAAUAAUACAGGAAGUGUAAAUCAGCUGAAACCAGUUUUUUGUUACAUUGUGGUGAGAUAAAUUAGGAUAGCUUUUAUUUAUUUGGUUAGGGCAUAGAUUACUGUUGUUGUAUGUUGGGUUUUGUGUAUUUUUUUGUAAUUAUGAUGAUUUUUAUAAGUCAGGAAUAUACAGUUUUUCAUAAUUGAUUGAUUUUAAUGUUUGAAUCCCUUUGUAUUGGUUUAUAUUGUAGGUGUGUUCUUUCCUCUCUAUUUUUGUCCUGCUGCAAUUUAUAAAUAUAUGUUAUCCCUUUGUGA